AUGUAUGAAUCCAAUCUUUACGAGGACAAAAAUAACUAUUAUGACACCUAUAAUACCAACAAUCAAUACAUAAAUGAUCUUACAUUUUACUUAAUAUUGGUGGUGAUAUUCACUCCUUCCACCAUCUAUUUAUUAUUCAAACGAAAUAUACUAUCUAAAAAAUUCACUAUUUCUGAUAGUUUCAAAAAUCUAAGUAUCAACGAUCAUGGUAAAUUAAUCAAUGUAAUAAUUUCAAUAUUAUUACUUAUUAUUAAUUUAAAUCUUUGGUAUUAUCUUUUCACUUCCUUACAAUCUGAAGGACUGGGUGGAAGUAAUUCCCUUAUAAAACAUCAUUUAUAUGAUCAAAAUUCAUUCAAUAUCAAAAAUCUUCCUUUCACUAAGAAAUUUGAUAAAUUUAACUAUGUUAAAACUUCAAUUCAAGCAUAUUAUGAUUAUAAUGAUCAAGUGAACCCUCUUGAAGAGGAUAAAGGAGAAAUAGCUGAAUGUUCUCCUUAUACCAUUGUUGAUCAUGAUUCACUUCAAGUAGCAUCUUUCAAACAAUUAUUAUUUGAUGAUGGUAGUUCUGUCAAAAAUCGUCCAAAUGGGAUUAAUAAUGAAAUUUUUGAAUUAGAAACUAUUCGAAAUAAAAUAACUAUCCUUGUUUCUAAUAAUUUAAGAUUUCCAGCUUUAGCCAUUACAUUUUUUGAUCAACCCAAGGAUAAAUCAGUAAUCCAAAUUUUACAAGAAAGAUGGACAAAAAGACAUACUUCAGUAAUUUGGUUAGAUAAAUAUCAAGCUUAUUAUAUGGUAAGUCAAAUUUCUUAUAGUCAAAGUGGGGAUAAAUCAAAAUCAACCCUUAGUUUCUUAUAUGCUCAAGUGUUUAAUAAGAAUUGGCAACAACAAUUUAAUUUUAAAUUUGCUCAUAAUAAAGAAAUCAUUUAUCCAAAUAUUUUACCGGUUAGAGUCGAUCAUGAUCCAAGAGCAGGUAUAAAGAAUAUUCCGGAUUCAAAUUAUGGACCUGUUGAACCCUAUGUGAUCUUAAGACAUUUUAAAAAACCAAAGUCUAAUGCAGAUGAACCCGAUGAAUAUGAUGAGGAACCAAUCAUUGUCUACAGUGGGAAAUUAAAAGACCAUCAGUUUAAAUCAGUCAUGCAAUUAUUUAGACCUUUCAAUCCUAUCUAUAAUACAAACAAUGGACUUGUGUUGACCGUCAAUCAUCAUGGUGAUGCUGAUCUUGUCAAUAAAGUCGAAAGAAAUUGGAUCCCAUUUUUCAAUGGUAUUGAAAAUGAGAACGAAGUUAAUGAUAUUAAUAAUUUACAUUUAAAUUUCAUUUAUAGCUUUAAUCCUUUGUCUAUUGCCAAAUGUAAUAUUGAAACAGGUGGCUGUACAAUUAACAGAGGUGGAGCAAGUGAAGUUGGCGCAGAUGAUAAGGUUGAUGAAGUUGCGGCUAUAAGUGAUGAACAAAUUGAAGAUGUUAAAGUUCCAUCUGAUGUUAAAGGUAUUGGUCCAGAGGAUGCUAAAGCCAAGGAUACUGCAGAUUCCAAAAUAGGCAAAGUUAUUAACAAAGAUACCGAAGAUACUAAGGUUGUUCAAUCUAAUAAGAAUGUUGAAGCAGAUGUCAAGCUCAACAAUGAUAAUAAGAAUCUUAAGGAUAUCGUCAAACCUAACCCCAAAGGGCUUUCUAAAGCUACUCCUCCAAAACAAAAGAGAGAAAAUACUUUCACUAGUAACAUUGGAUUAGAUGAAUCAAUCACCAAAUCAACCCAAUUAUUACCUAUCCCAAAACAUUUAUUACCUCAUAACAAACUUACUAAGGAUAAAUUAUAUUGGUUUGGGAUUAUAUCAUCUAAAUUUGAGAAUUGUAAUCAUUGUUUAACCGAAAUAAUCCGUCCUAAAGUGAUUCUUAUUUCCUACGAUACGAAAUCUAAACAAUAUAAACUUGAUUAUAUCUCAUCUUAUAAUGAUUUCAAUGUGAAUCCAUCACCUUGGACUUGGACUGAUGAGAAACAGAAAAUGUCAUGUCAAGACGGAUUAAGUUAUGUAACUCCUAAUUCAAUCGUUUGGUGGAAUUUUAAGAAUGAUGGUACUAAUGAUCAAAAUUCAAUUAUUGAUUAUUUAGGAUUAACCAUUACAGAAUCAAAUCAAAAUAAUAAAUUCAUUGUCUUAAAGGGAUGGUUAAAGCAUUUAAAUAAAAUCUUAACUGUUUCUUCUAAAUCUUUACCACCACCCAUAUUGGAUAAUGAUUAUAAUGAUCAAGUCUUGAUGGAUUGUUCAGUUCAACAUUCAAAUGAAUAUUGUAAAUUAGCCGCUGAAAGAUAUAAAUGGUAG